AUGCUGGGUCCCGCCAUCCUCGUCCUCCUCUGCAGCUUCAGAGGACUUGCAGGCCCAUUGCCCCAUUUUCUGCAACAGCCAGAAGACACGGUGGUGCUGCUGGGGGCGGAAGCCCGGCUGCCCUGCGUUCUGGGAGCGUACCGGGGGCUGGUGCAGUGGACUAAGGAUGGGCUGGCUCUAGGGGGCGAAAGAGACCUUCCAGGGUGGUCCCGUUACUGGAUAUCAGGGAAUGCAGCCAGUGGCCAGCAUGACCUCCACAUCAAACCUGUGGAACUGGAAGACGAAGCAUCAUAUGAGUGUCAGGCUUCACAAGCGGGCCUCCGAUCACGACCUGCCCAACUGCGUGUGAUGGUCCCCCCAGAAGCCCCCCAGGUACUAGGCGGCCCCUCUGUGUCUCUGGUUGCUGGAGUUCCUGGGAAUCUGACCUGUCGGAGUCGAGGGGAUGCCCAACCUGCCCCUGAACUGCUGUGGUUCCGAGAUGGGAUCCGGCUGGAUGGAGCCACCUUCCACCAGACCACGCUGAGGGACAAGACCACUGGGGCAGUGGAAAACACCUUAUUCCUGACCCCUUCCAGUCACGAUGAUGGAGCCACCUUGAUCUGCAGAGCCCGGAGCCAGGUCCUGCCCACAGGGAAGGACACAGCUGUUACAUUAAUCCUGCAGUAUCCCCCCGUGGUGACUCUGUCUGCUGAGCCCCAGACUGUGCAGGAGGGAGAGAAGGCGACUUUCCUGUGUCAAGCCACUGCCCAGCCUCCUGUCACCGGCUACAGGUGGGCGAAAGGGGGAUCCCCGGUGCUCGGGGCACGUGGGCCAAGGUUGGAGGUCGUAGCAGACGCUACGUUCCUGACUGAGCCGGUGUCCUGCGAGGUCAGCAACGCGGUGGGAAGCGCCAAUCGAAGCACCGCACUGGAAGUGCUGUAUGGACCUAUUCUGCCGGCAAAACCGAAGCCCCUGUCCGUGGACGUGGGGAAAGAUGCCUCCUUUAGCUGCGCCUGGCGAGGGAACCCACUUCCACGGAUUACCUGGACGCGCCUCGGUAGCUCUCAGGUGCUGAGCUCGGGCCCCACGUUACGGCUUCCAUCCGUGGCGUUGGAGGAUGCGGGUGACUAUGUGUGUAGGGCUGAGCCCCGGCGCUCGGGUUUAGGAGGCGGCACGGCGCAGGCGAGGUUGACGGUGAACGCUCCUCCUGUAGUGAAGGCCCUGAAUCCUGCGCCUGCCUUCCUGAGGGGCCCUGCUCGCCUCCAGUGUGUGGUGUUUGCUUCCCCGGCCCCGGACUCCGUGGUUUGGUCUUGGGACGAGGGCUUCCUGGAGGCAGGUUCACUAGGCAGGUUCCUGGUGGAGACCUUCUCAGCCCCUGAAGAGGAGGGAGGACACGGCCCAGGCCUUAUUUCUGUGCUACACAUUUCCGGGACCCAGGAAUCCGACUUUACCAGGGGCUUUAACUGCAGUGCCAGGAACCGGCUGGGUGAGGGACGAACCCAGAUCCACCUGGGUCGUAGAGACUUGCUGCCUACUGUACGGAUUGUGGCUGGAGCAGUCUCUGCAGCCACCGCUCUCUUUAUGGUCAUCACUGGAGUGAUUCUCUGCUGCUGGCGCCAUGGCUCUUUCUCCAAGCAAAAGAACUUGGUCCGGAUCCCAGGAAGCAGUGAUGGCUCCAGUUCACGCGGCCCUGAGGAGGAGGCAGGUGGCAGUGAGGAACGGGGUCCCAUUGUGCACCCCAACCACGGUGACUUGAUCCUUGAUGAGAAGGAGGCUCUGGAGGCAGCGGAUCCAACCAACGGUUACUACAAGGUUCGAGGAGUCAGUGUGAGCCUUAGCCUUGGGGAAGCCCCCGGAGGAGGCCUCUUCUUGCCACCCCCCUCUCCAAUUGGAUUUCCAGGAACUCCUACUUACUAUGACUUCAAGCCACACCUGGACUUAGUACCCCCCUGCAGAAUGUACAGAGCGCGGGCCGGUUAUCUCACCACACCCCAUCCCCGUGCUUUCACAAGCUAUAUGAAACCCACAUCCUUUGGACCCCCAGAUUUGAGCUCUGGGACUCCCCCCUUCCCCUACGCUACCUUGUCUCCACCCAGCCACCAGCGUCUCCAGACUCAUGUGUGA